AUGUCUAACGCCAGAACCAUGCAAGCAAUUGUCCUUAUAUUUGCAUGCAUUUCGGCCAUGUCUGCACCAAACUUUGCACAAGUAUUUGGUGGAGGCCUCCCCACUGGCCUGUUAGGUUUUAACAGUUUUGGUCUGCCACAAGUUUUCCGGUGCAUCCCCAAUGUUUCAACCGCACCGAAGUGUGUCGAUAAAUUUCUGAUAGCCAGCUUCAACCUUCAACUUGAAUUGCUUGAUCCUGAAUGUUGCGAGGUAUUCUUGCAAGUUGAUGAAAAUUGUUUGUCAGAGGUGAUGAUGCCUGUGAAUCCAAUGUUUCCAUCGAUUUUCAAGAACUAUUGCGGGUCGAUACGGAAUUGA